CUCCCGCUGUUUCCACUGACCGACGAGGCUGCACAUUUGUGCUUUGGGACCUGGGCAGGCAAGAUUACGCAUCCUCCAGAGGUUAGAAAUGGAGGCUUUUAAUCAUAAACUAAACACGUACAUAGACUCAUGGAUGGGUCCCAGAGAUGAACGGGUACAGGGAUGGCUGCUGCUAGACAACUACCCUCCAACCUUUGCACUAACACUCAUGUACUUGCUGAUCGUAUGGCUGGGGCCCAAGUACAUGAGACACAGACAGCCAGUGUCUUGCCAGGGCCUCCUGGUGCUCUACAAUCUGGCCCUCACUCUAUUAUCUUUCUAUAUGUUCUAUGAGAUGGUGUCUGCUGUGUGGCAAGGGGGUUAUAACUUCUACUGCCAAGACACACACAGUGCGGGAGAAACAGAUACCAAGAUCAUAAAUGUGCUGUGGUGGUACUACUUCUCCAAGGUCAUAGAGUUUAUGGACACCUUCUUCUUCAUCCUACGGAAGAACAACCAUCAGAUCACGUUUCUGCACAUCUACCACCACGCUAGCAUGCUCAACAUCUGGUGGUUCGUCAUGAACUGGGUGCCCUGUGGUCACUCCUACUUUGGUGCCUCCCUCAACAGCUUCGUCCAUGUCCUGAUGUACUCUUACUAUGGGCUCUCUGCUGUCCCGGCCAUACGGCCCUAUCUAUGGUGGAAGAAAUAUAUCACACAAGGCCAGCUGAUUCAAUUCUUUUUGACCAUGUCCCAGACCAUCUGUGCAGUCAUUUGGCCAUGUGGUUUCCCCAGAGGCUGGCUGUUUUUCCAAAUAUUCUAUAUGGCCUCGCUUAUUGCCUUUUUCUCAAACUUCUACAUUCAGACUUACAAGAAACACCGUGUUUCACAAAAGGAGUAUCACCAGAAUGGCUCUGUUGAUUCACUGAAUGGCCAUGCAAAUGGGGUGACACCCACGGAAACCAUUACACACAGGAAAGUGCGGGUGGACUGAAGCUUGAAUAACCUCACAAUCCUAACUUUUGUGCAUAUCUACUAUGUAUGUAAUAUUGCUAGGAGAGAUGUAGGAUUUCUUAUAAAGAAAUGUAUUAGAAGAGCAUAGCUAGUUUAUUCACAAUAUACAAAAAGCCAUGUUUAUCUGAAAGAGAUUCCUAACGUUUUGCACACCGCAGCCUGUUAUUAUUCAUAUUGAAUCGAAGUUCUUUACAGUUAAGUAACAAGGAUAGCAGAGGGAGCACAGCACAGCCCCAGAGACCCACUUCAGUUUAAUGCUGCACAAGAUCUUCGACUAUGUCUGGUGGGACAUCGCUUUAUUAAGCAACCUUGACCCAAACAGGAAUAACAAUGUUUUCCAUGUUUUAAUUCACAACAUAUGCACUUGUCUACAUGCUAGAUUGUGUCCUGAUUGGACAAAUCAGGACCAAAUCUAUUUUGGGGAUUCCCUUGCGUAGAGACAAGGCUGUCAGUGUCAAAUGUGUCCACUGAGUAAAUUUAGAGAGGUUCACCUUCAUUGUUUGCAUUGUAAAGUUUAGUUUAAAACCAGUUGCAAUAAUAGAUUUGUCUAUAUUGUCUGUAUCAGUUAAACAGGUUUGAAAAGUAUUUGGCCAUCAAAUGGCACUGAUCAGAACAAUAUGUGAACAAUAAAUACUAUAAAUUCACA